AUGAGCGUCGUCGCCGCCCCCCUUCUUCACCAGCCGUUCUCGGACACGGAGCUCUACGCCUCGCAGGGCGGCUCGGUGGACCUUCCUCCGGUCCCAUCACACCUGCUGCCCAUCUCUGUUCCGUCUCCCAGUGUCCCCUUCCCCACUUUUCAGCAGAGACACACCUCGCCCUACCCCAUGGCUGAGCAACAUAGCUUCUGUGCCCUCGGCCCAAGUGACGCUGAAAGCUCGACAUCGUCUGUCAGUGUUGUCCCUCCCCCCGCACCCAAGUUUCCUCCAGCAAAUUUGCCGGCAGUCACUCCAGACCUACACCCCAACCCCCAAACUCCUCUCCCGCCGACACCCGAGUCUUCACCCCCAACGAGCAAGGUGCUUGGGCCAACGAUGAUGAUCAAGUUGGCACCGCCUGCGGACGAUGAGUACGAGUAUGGGCAGGUGGACGUAGAGGCGCGCAGGGCGCUGGAGCAUCUCUCCGGUUCGCAGCAUUCGAGGGAAUCUUCGGGUAGUACCAGUACGACACCAAGGAGGAUACCAGUCAUCUCUGACGAUACUGCGCAAGCUGUUCCUCGCGAGCUUCAACGCACACCCUCUCCCCGAAUCCGUAAUGCCUCGGCUGGUCUUUCAUCUGAACCCAUGUUCAAGUCUGUCUCCUCCGAAGGCAAGCCUCCUCGGCCAAAGUCGAUGGGGGCACCUCCGAGGCCAAGACGGACUCAAACGGCUCAUGGACACCCUCAAGCGACCCGAAUGGCCGAAAGCAGGAGCGCAGACUCGAGAGCCAAGCUGAGAGUAAACAAUGCCAUCAGGGCGAGUUCUUAUGGGGCAUCGGGUACAGGAGGCAGCAAUUCUGCUGCAAGGUCUAUCAACGAUACUGGUGUACACGUUGUCCCGGGAAAGAAGUCCAGCGCUGGGGAUAUGGCGCCGCCAGAUCUGGGUGGGCCAGAAGGGCUUGAAGCUAAGGUGGUCUUGCUCGGCUCGCAGGGUGUAGGUAAAACCUCCCUGAUCUUGCGGUACACCACCCGGGCCUUCUCCACCACCCCUGCCCCAGCAACUAUUGGUUCCUCCCUGCAUACCCGCAAGCUUGUCCACUCUGGUGUACGGGUCAAGCUCCAGAUCUGGGACACUGCCGGUCAAGAACGUUUCCGUUCCAUGGCACCAAUCUACUACCGUGGAGCGCAUGUAUGCGUGCUGGUGUAUGAUAUCUCGGAUUGGCAAAGCUUCCAAGAUGUCAGGAGUUGGCUGGAGGAGUUAGGCAAGAGUGUACCCAAAGAGACUGUAAUCUUUGUAGUUGGUGCCAAGACAGAUUUGGAGGCAAAGCGGCAGAUCAGAUCGUGGAUCAAGCCACCCCCUCCAGAGCGAAUCCCACCGCCGCUGCAACCACCACCCCAACGAAGUCUCUUCCGCACCUCCACUGCCGGCUCCCGCCACGACUAUCCUGCUCCAACACCCCACACCGCCCCGGCGAGACCACACUCCUAUAUCGCCUACACCCCUGAAUCUCGCUCCACCCCUAUCCCCGUCUCGCGCUCUAACUCGGGAGGGCCCUCUGUACCCUUCCCCAGUGCCCGAUCCAAACCCUCGUCGCCAGAAAAAGGGAAAGCAACGGAGCGGGAAGAUGUGAGCGAGAAACGGAGGAGAAGACAUAGUGCUAGGUCAUUCCCUGUCAAAAUCUCCACCUCUACGACUUCGCCUAACUUGUCAAACUUGGCUUCAUCACCUACAAGGUUGGAGUUUCCCAGCCUGCAAUCACCUUCACGACCAACGUCAGCCACUUUCACAGAGCCGAUCAGCCCAAACCUGCCAGGUAGCAGACACAAGGCUUCUAACAGCCGGUUCUCGAUCUCUGGUAUAUCCGAGGUACUUGGCUUGGGGCGCACAGUCAGCAUGUCUGGCGCUGUCCACUCCUUGCAAGAACUGGCCCAAGCUCCUAGCUCUCCCAACCCUCUAGAAUCCACCAUAUCCUCUCCCAGUACCUCCUCCAAUGACCCCUCUCCUCCCCGCGUUCGAACGGAAUCGAGCCCCCUCUUCCCGUCUUACGACCCCGCCCGGCUCAAGGGCCCGCGCAGGUCGGACGAGUGGGCUCGCAGCGGGUGGCGCAUGGGUGAAGGGCCUGGUGCUGCAGAGGCACUGGGAGAGUUUGGCGCGGGCGUAAGGAGAAAAGAAAGCGAAGAGCUUUUGGGAGUGGCGGCGAUGAACAAGUCGCUGCCUGCUCUAGGAAACGGAGGAUACAAGAUGCCGGCCUCGUCGGCGUCGACUGGGGUGCAAGGGAGGGGUAGAGGAGGAAGCCUGGGCAGGGACCCGAGGCUGUUAGGAGAGACAGAGGAGAAGGAGGAUGGGUGGGGGGUGGAUGUGGAAGGGGUGAGGCUAGGGGAGUGCAGUGCUGCCACAGGGGAUGGGAUCGAGGCUCUCUUCAAAGCCAUCUCAUCGAUCCUAGUCGAACGCAAGGACAAGAUUGAACGCGAGCGAAUGCUCAAGCACAAGCACAGCGUCAUCCUCGUCGACCCCGCUGCUAAUAUCUCCUCGAGCAAGAAAGAGAAGGCCGGGUGUUGCGUCUAA